AAGCUCUCCUACGAAUUUGGAGUUCCCAUAACACAAACACUCUCUCUCCCAUAUUCCCACAACAUCUCAGCUCCUCAAUUUCUCCAAAUAACACCGGAAUACGUACCUAUAUGGCAUCGCUCAUUCCAACAUCUUUUUCCUCUUUCUCCUCCUUCUCCUCUUCUUUUUGAAACAUAAGAGCAAAGAGAUUCUUAGUAAGGGGUCUUUUCGAAUCCGGCAUUCCGGCGAAGUCUGUCUCAUUCCCCGGCUGUCCUUUCUGGGGAAAGAGAUGCCUACCGCUGUGAAGCAGGAGAAGGAGGAUAACACCAUCAAGAGGUCCAAUUCUUCCUUGAAUUUCAAGAAGCUUGUUCCCAAGGUGUUGCGCAGCAGUUCCAUGAAGAACCCUUUCAAAUCCAAGAAGCCUCGGACCCCUGUUGAUAUUGUCCGGGAAACAAGGGCGUUGCUGUUGUACUUCCAUUCCGGAGACGACGCUGGCAAUCCUAAGCGCGAUGAAAAGUUGGAACAAUUAGACGCCGAUAUCAGGGAGCUUAAGUCGAUUCUUUACGGCAUUGAUGAAUCUGAACCUGUUCCAGAAGCUUGUGCGCAAUUGACUCAAGAAUUCUUUAAAGAAGACACCAUGCGGCUCCUGAUUAACUGUCUUCCGAAAUUGAACUUUGAGGCUCGGAAAGAUGCCAGCAGAGUCAUUGCAAAUUUGCAAAGGCAACCAGUUCAUUCAAGAUUGAUUGCUUCUGAUUACUUGGAAGCCAAUCUAGAUAUUAUGGAUCAGUUGAUAACUGGGUAUGAGGAUCCUGUUGUUGCUUUGCAUUAUGGAGGAAUGUUAAGGGAGUGCAUACGACAUCAGGUUGUUGCCAGAUACGUUUUGAAGCCAGAGCAUGUGAAGAAGUUUUUUGACUAUAUUCAACUUCCGAACUUUGAUGUUGCUUCAGAUGCUGCUGCUACAUUUAAGGAGCUUAUGACAAGGCAUAAGUCCACAAUCGCAGAGUUUCUAGCAGAAAAUUACACUUGGUUCUUUGCUGAGUUCAACUCAAAGUUGCUGGAAUCUACGAAUUACAUGACCAGAAGACACGCUGUCAAGCUGCUUGGUGAUAUUUUGCUGGAUCGAUCAAAUGCUGGUAGCAUGAUACGUUACGUCAGCUCAAAGGAUAAUAUGAGGGUUCUAAUGAAUCUUCUGAGGGAAUCACACAAAAGCAUCCAAAUUGACGCAUUCCAUGUAUUCAAGCUCUUUGUGGCCAACCAGAACAAGCCUGCUGACAUCGUAAACAUACUAUGUGCAAAUAGAACCAAACUUCUUCGCUUCUUAACUGGCUUUAACAUGGACAAAGAGGAUGAAAUGUUUGAGGCAGACAAAGCUCAGGUGAUGAAAGAAAUUACGGAGCUCGAACCAACGACAUCUUUUAGCUGCUCUGGGGAGUUGUUCAAACCCAUAUCAGUAUAAAAACUAACUAUAAGCUGUGAUUGCCAGCAAAAGUGAUGUAUGUGUAUCCCAUCAACAUGGAAGUGUUAGUUUCUUUCAGUAGGGCUGGCAAUUAAUCAUAUGUUGAUAGCAGAAAAAGCAUCAAGAAUACGUAGCAGUUAUUGUCUAUACUACAUUGUCAAACUUGCUUCCACAUAAUUUGAGACGUUUUCAGUGUAGAAUCAUCAUUCAAGAAUCGUACUGUUUUUAGAUUA